AUGGCUUGCAUAAAUGAAGGCGAACCAAUAUCUCCUAGAGUGAAAUUCAGGACAGUGCAAAAAAUUAAAACUCAAAAAUACAUUUCCGACCAGGCAUAUUUAAUCCCAGAGAAUGGUUGCACUGCCGUGUAUUUGAGUUAUGAGCUAAAUAGGACACUCGAAAAUAUUUUUAAUAAGUAUUCUAUAAAUGGCUACAUGGGCGUUAACGAGUUUGUUAAAAUGUGCUACGAAUACAACUUGCUGCCGAAAAGUAGGAACAAGAAUAUUUUGUACUACAUUUUCAAGUCGUCCAAACCGUCCGACGUAGGCUACAUAGAAUAUAGGUUCUUUUUCCAAUUACUACAAAAACUGAGUGGGUACUUAUUUCGCAAAUUAAUCAUGACCGAGCAGGAAAAGCUUAACGUGCUAAUCAAACAUCUGACUUCUUUAUGCAACUCCAAGAUAAGCUCACACAAGGAAAAGUAUGAUGUAGGCAUACAAGUUUCAGUGAGGAAAGAAAACAAAGGCACCAACGCUGUUUGCGACAUGAUUGACCAGUACUGCGAAACUGCAGUAGAAGUAAAAAAUGUGGGCACAGCGCUUGACGCAGAGGACACGCUAUGGGAAAAGCACAUUAACCAAGGAAGUGAAUUGCAAAAGCAGAACGGUGACGUGCCAAAUGAAACUAACAAUACGAGUACCUCCUACACACAAAAAAUUACAAGUUCCGAUGAACAAGAAAUAAAGGAAAGAAUAAAAGAAAUUGAAAAUUUAAAUUUCCACAAAGAAGACAUUAACAAAAGGUUGAAGGAAGAAAUAAAUAAUGCGUUGAAUAUCAUCGAAGAGAAAAAUAAGGUUAUCGAACAUAUGAACAAAAAUAAUGUACACCAAUUGGAGGCAGAAAGAGUAAAAAUUAUUAACCUGAAAAAUGAAAUCCAAAAAUUACACAAUGAGAAGGAAGUGCUGGAUUUAAAGAAGAGUAAGUCUCACUCAAGUUGUAAAAACGGAGAGGAAGAGCCAACCCAAAAGGACGACAUAACCACUGCAGACACGCAACAUACGAAGUGGAAAAUUGUGGACAAUGAAUAUUUAAAGUUAAAAAGACUUCUAGUCCUUCCUGGGGAAGAAGAGGCAGCGCUGAUCAAAGUUUUCUCCACAUACAGCACCUACUGCGGCGAAACUGCAGAGUAUGUAAUGAGCAAAAGGCUGUGUGCUAAUUUUUUGGCGACCUACUAUUUGCUUCGAAAGAAUGGGGAAAGCAAAGCGCAAGAGGAUUUAGACGUGAGGACAGCAGACAUCUUGUUCACCGAAGUUUUGUAUAAACGGGCGCAUGUAGAACAGGCUAACCUUGGAGAGGGCGUACUGACGUACUUUUACUUCAAACUGUUCCUCAGCAGAUUAGGGAAACACCUGUACCCACAGCUGGAAGAAAGGGAGGCAUUCCUAGAGAUUGUAUUAAAUUACAUACUAGUUAUGAAGCGAAAUGAAGACUUCAAAAAUUGGAAGAAAAAAAGCAUAAAGAUAAAAAAAAAAAACAGAAUAAGAAUAGCCUGCUCAGAUGACUUGAACCUAUUCGGGGAAGACAUCGUGGGAGGGUACACGAGCAGUGAAAAAGGAACAACAUGUGAUAAAUUAAAAAAGAAAAAGGAAAAACCUGAACAGAAUAUUGACAGUAACAUGAAUAAGUUGCUUUCUGAAAGUUCAAAAAUCGGAAAUGUUCACACGGACCUGUCAUUUGAAUAUAUCGAAUCGAAUGAAACGAAAAAGAAGAUGAACAAAGCUCGAGAACACAGUGUGAAAAAACUGCGUGAAGAAGACGUUAAUCAUAAAGCUGCUAAUGGUAAUACUAAUGGAAGUACUAACCGUACCACGAGUGGUAAGAGUAACUUUUUAAAAAGCAAACUAAUGUACAAUAAGUUGAUCCAUUAUGAUGAAGUCAGUAAAGAGGAGCGCACCUCUUUUGACUCAGUUCAAUCGGAUGACCUUGCCCUAGCGACCAAAAAAAAAAACGCCGUCAUGCAACCUGUAAAAAUGAAGAAUAACUUGACUUUAUCGAAAGGACAUUUCCGAAACGUUACGUCUUCCAACAUGAAGCGAAAUAGCAGUUUGAAAAAUAUGUUUCCUCUGUACGACAUUGAGGGAGAAUUGUGGCACUCUAAGUCAGAGAGGAAGAAAACAUUUGUGCCCCAAUUUGGACGUGGGUAA